UAAAAGAUUCACUUAUAACACAAGGGCGAUUUAGAAUGAGAAAUAGAAAACAGCAAGACCAGAAUCUUAGAAUAACAUAUGCAAUGGUUCCUCAAGCAAAGUUACUAAUUUAUUAUGUUAGACGAAGAAAUGGCGAAGUUGUAGCUGAUGCUAUAACAUUUCCGAUUGAGGACAUAUUUGAUAAUGAAGUGUCUAUCAAAUUCAACACAAGACGAGCGAAUCCUGGUGAGGAAGUUCAGGUUGAAUUAACGGCUGAUCCAUACUCAUUGGUGAACGUUCUUGCUGUUGAUAAAAGUGUUCUUUUACUGAAAUCAGGAAAUGAUAUCACAACACAAGAUGUAUUGAAUGAACUUCAAGAAGAUAGAUCUACUGGUCAAUUUGAUGGUACAGAUGGCAAGGAUGCAUUCUCGAUUUUUAAUGGUGCUGGUGUUUAUGUGUUGACAGAUGCUUUGCUUUAUCAGUACAUUCCGCAAGCAAGAUCCGAAAGUUUGGGUUAUAGUGUUGGGGAACCAUAUUUAGCUGGGGGUGGAGGUCGAAACGGAGUAGGGAGUGGGCAUGGAGAUGGGAGUGGGAAUGGAGAUGGAAAUGGAAAUGGGAAUGGAGAUGGGAGUGGAAAUGGAAGUGGAGGUGAAAACAAACAUGGGACACGAACACGAAAGAACUUUCCGGAAACGUGGAUAUGGGUAAACAGAACAACAGGUUCGGAUGGAAAGGCAACAAUUAACACGACAGCUCCUGACACUAUUACAGAAUGGAUUGCAUCAGCAUUCGCUGUUAAUCCCAGAUCAGGUCUCGGAGUUGCUGCAAAUACCGCAAAUGUAAUCAAUUUAUCUUACGAGUUUACAAUUAAAUUAAAUUAUGAAUUAUAA